UCGAAGAGGAGGACCUUCAUUCACUCUUUCAUCCUCCUCCAGUACUGUACAUCUAACACAUUUCGAGUUUUCAAAUGCGUUCCAGUUAACUCUGGUGCUGAUUUGCCUUGCAGGCUGUACUGGCACCAGUGACGCGCUGCUCCAGCCCAGCCAGUGAGAGUGACGGCGCUCCGAAGCGCAUCCCAGCCGCCCACCAGAAACACUGUGCGGCGUCGUGUGGAGGUAGAGACGGGCCGUCCGUCCUCAAGAACUGAGGCGAGGGAGGUAGCGAGAGAGAGAGAGAGAGAGAGAGAGAGAGAGAGACAGACAGACAGAGAUUUGGGAAGGAGAACCGAACCCGUCUGAUCGCGCUAUUCCCCGGUGCGGAUGUACGGAGACAGACGGCGAAAGAGGAGCAUCGCCACGCUCGCGUUUUACCGCUUAUUGAAUGAAUCGAAAAAAAUGCAGGACUGCGAUGCACUACCAUGGGAUUGGUGUCCGCAAGAUGGAAUAUAUCGACAGUUUUUGAGCAUCUUGCCCAGUGGCCAAUCUGAAGAUCUGGUCCUCCUCCCUGACCAGAGAGGACAACUGCACCCUGACGUGAAGAGCAACAUGACCCAGGAGGGGGAGGCUUUGCCGUCGCCCACCCCAUCAGAGAACCCAGCUGAGCCCUCCCUAAGCACCAGCGAUCUGCCUGCAGAGGCUCUGAACCAGACAGGGCAAGACAAGCCAGGUACAGAGGUGAAGCGAGACAUAGAGGAGAGAAAAGAAGACGUGAGCAGUCAAGGAUCCGCGGGAACACAGAGGGAGGAACACUGUAAUGUUGAAGGGAGGGCAAAAAUAAAGAAAGAGGGAGGUGAGGAGGAUUUCAAAGUGAGCGCCGUGGUCCAUGAUCAACCGACAGACGGAAGGGAGGAGGGAAAGAGGGAUGCGGCAAGCGGGGAUGAAUGCAGAAAUGAUGAGGGGAGCUCAACAAGGGAGGAGGAAAGGCAUGCUGAGGAUGAGAUGAGAGAAGACAAGGAGGCGGGAAAGGGUGAAGAGAUGCAACCACAAACAGAGGAUGGAGCAACUCGGCCCCAGCAAGAUGGACGAUUGACAAAUGGCAUAACCGGGAAUCAAGAUGAUGACGAAGGUGGCGAAGGGGACUGCGAAGGAUACGAGGGAGGGCCUCAUGUACACUUAGACACUUUUAGCUCUGACUUUGAAACCACUGUGGAACAGGCUGACACAGAAGUGGAGGAGGAUGAGGAGGAGGAGGAAGAUGUGUCAAAAGAAGCGGGUGGGAGACGAAACCAGGACAGUUUCAGCUCUGCGUUUGAGCACAUUGUUGAGCAGGUGCAUGAGGAGGAAGAGGACGAACGGGAGACGGGGUUGGAAGAAGAGAAACAGAAAGGCCAGGUGGACAACAGAGAUGGUUUCAGCUCCACGUUUGAGCGCAUCGUGGAGUCUGCCUUGCUGAGAGGCGGGACCUGCUACAGCAGUUUGGACUCUCUGGAUGUGCUGUCGCUCACCGACGAGACUGACAGCUGCGUCAGCUUUGAAGCGCCACUGACACCGCUCAUCCAACAGAGGGCUCUCUUACAGGGCCCUGAGCCUCUUGAGCUGGAGCUGGCAACUGUUCAAGAGCAGGAAGGGGCUGAGGCUGGACCAGAUGCCCUGACCGAUGAACCCAGGGACGAGGACGGUACCGGGGGCGGAGCCGGGGCUGUGGCAGGAGUAGGAGGUAGCCCACUGAGGACCACCAUUCCAGGAAGCAGGUCAGAGUUUGUUCUGAGCCAGCCUGGACGCUGGGGCAUCCCGAAUGGAUACCAUACGGACUCCCAGGAAGCCAUGGGGACAUGCGGAGCCAUGCACAACUCUGCCAGCGACGCCAACAUCACAGACGUGCUGUCUGACUCAGACGAGUGUGAGUUGGGCAGUCUGGAGCAUUUGGAGCACGGUAGCACCGACACUCUGGCCAAUGGCUUCCGAGCUGACUAUGAAGCUGCCAAAAGGCUCGCCAAGCGCCUUUAUCACCUUGAGGGCUUCAAGCGUUGCGAUGUGGCCAGACACCUGGGAAAGAAUAAUGACUUUAGUCAGUUGGUGGCAUCAGAGUACCUGAGUUUCUUUGACUUCUCUGGCUUGUCACUGGAUCGGGCCUUAAGGAACUUUUUAAAAGCCUUUCCGCUGAUGGGGGAGACGCAGGAAAGAGAGCGAAUUCUAGUGCAUUUCUCCAAACGCUUCUGCCACUGCAAUCUACAAACACUCACCUCUGAAGAUGGAGCCCACACAUUAACCUGCGCUCUCAUGCUGCUUAACACAGAUCUACACGGACAUAACAUUGGAAAGAAGAUGUCUUGCCAACAGUUUAUCAGUAAUCUAGAUGGCCUCAACAAUGGCAAUGACUUUCCCAAAGACCUAUUGAAGGUCUUGUAUAACUCAAUCAAGAACGAGAAGCUUGAGUGGGCUGUUGAAGAAGAAGAGCUAAGGAAGAGCCUGUCAGAGCUGGUGGAGGAGCAGUGUGAGGGCGGCAGUAAACGUGUUGCCAGGGUAACGGACAGCAAUAACCCUUUCAUCGCCAUUCCUGUCCUCCUCAAUGCUGUAACCUACAAACACGGAGUGCUGACUCGCAAAAGCCAUGCUGACAUGGAUGGCAAACGGACCCCACGGGGUCGCCGCGGCUGGAAGAAGUUCUAUGCGGUUCUGAAGGGAAUGAUACUGUAUCUCCAAAAGGAUGAAUAUAAACCAGAUGCUGACAUUUCAGAGGUGGACCUGAAGAAUGCCGUGCGGAUCCACCACGCCUUAGCCACUCGGGCUACCGAUUACAGCAAGAAAGCCAAUGUACUCAAGCUCAAAACCUCAGACUGGAGAGUUUUUCUGCUACAAGCCCCGAGUGAGGAGGAGAUGAUGUCGUGGAUCUUCCGAAUAAACCUGGUUGCAGCACUGUUCUCUGCUCCAGCCUUCCCUGCUGCCAUUGGCUCCAUGAAAAAAUUUUGCCGGCCCAUCCUUCCGUCGUCAUCAACAAGACUCAAUCAGGAGGAGCAGCUGCUGAGUCACGAGAGCAAGUUGAAGCAGAUGAGCCUGGAGCUGGAAGAGCACCGGAAAAACCCGCCCUCAUCUGACCCCAAAAGCCGCGAAUGGGAGGAGUAUCGGCUCAAAGAGCACUACCUCACUUAUGAGAAGACUCGAUAUGAGACCUACAUCAGCCUACUUGGGGCCAAAAUCCGCACUGAGACAGACGAUCUGGAGAAGAUCGAGGCCAGCGUGUUGGCGGGUCGGAUGAUGGAGAGCGUCCUCGUUGGCCGCGAUUGCCACCUCCGUAAGACUCAGUCCUCACCGUCCAUCAACCAGUCUCACGGUGGCUUGAACGGGAAAGGAGCCGGAUGCACUGCCGCGGGUCAGACGAGCUGAAAAGGGUGGAGGACCACGGAGACCACUGCCCUAAAAAUGACCUCCCUCAAAGCCAAAAACAGUGUCAUGUAACGUGUUAUCGGGUCCCCAGGUUGUCGUUUUACCGAAAUCAAAAUCCUUCCGAAAAUGUCUCAACCCUGGUGAUAAAGUUUCCUUGAGCAAUAGAAGACCAUCCCUCGGCACUCUGACAGACCCCCCACCUCGACCUCAGUACUGUUGCACAUUGAAAAUGAUCAGAACUGUGAUCACUAUUUAUUACAUCAGUAUUAUUUUCAAGUCAAACGUGAUGCGUUUUGUCUCGAGUCGAAAUACGGAUUUACUUUUGAGCAGAGCGAAUGAGACCGGACAACGCCACAAAUGAUGUUCAAACACGUCUGGUUCCCUCUCUGUCUGGUGUCUCUGCAGGCAGCGGCUGAGAUAGAGGAAGCGGAAAUGGUACGACUGUAGCAUUUGGGCUUUUGCAUUUCAAACUCCCCUUUGGACCUACAUAUUGGGUGGAGUGUGAUUUGCAAAGGCGAAACCACAAAUCUGUUACAGAAAUUUAAAAAAAACAAACAAAAUAAAAACGCACUCAGAAGGAUCCUCCCAUGGCGAACAUAUUUAUUUAUUUAUUUAAUUAGUAAAAGAAAAUCUUUAUUGCAGUGAGUGAACGCGCUCUUUUUAAAAACCGUCUCCUUGCACACGCGUAGAGAGCGACGCCCUCGUGGAACUGCUUGCCGGAGGAGCUCGGAGUUGAGUGCCUUACUCACGGCACCUUGACACCAGCUAGUGAGCACACGGUCAACAAGGAAGAACUUGAAUCAAAAA